AUGCUUAAGAUCAGAUUCGAAGAACUAGAAAAGAAAAAUAAAACAGAUACUGUCAAGCUCACUGCCGAGAAUGCAGAACUUAAAGAAAGAGUCACAAAAUUAGAACAGAAGCAAACUACUAUUUCUUCCGAAAUAAAAGAUGAGCUUAGAGGAUCAUUACCCAUUCCAUCACCUAUAGGGGACCAGUCUGAAGAGGAGAAAAACAUUAUUCCUGAUUCUAUACCCGAACUAGAGCAUAACUUGAUGAAACCUGAAUCAUUAGCAGAAUCUGAAAUAUUCGAAUCUUCACUAUCACAAGAUACUAUCAAUGACGAUUCAGUUGAGAUUCUUGAAUUUGUAGAAAAAAUACAUAAAGAAAAUGUUAGUAAUGAAAUAAGGAAGAGAAAUAGAAAAAAGAAACUUCAGAUUCAAGGAUCAGUGCAAAGCACAUCUUCCUCUUCUGAUAUGCAAAAUGAGGUAAACCCUGUUAUCGAUACCCAUGAACAUAAAACCACUAAAUUAGAGUCAAUAUCUACUGAUCAAGCACAAAAUACUGGAAUAAAAAUUCCAUAUAAUAAAAGGAUAGAGCAAAACUUAAGGCAUGACUUAUCUGUAUUCAUUAAAGAGAAUAACAAUAAAGUUAGUGAAGCAUUUGAUAUACAAAUUCCUGAAUUCUCGUUAGAAGUAAUUGUAACAGGAUCUAGCAAAAUUACAGCACAAAAUAUAGCUGAUUUGUUUAUUAUAGCAAUGAAAAUUAGACAAAAAGAGAUUUUAUGCUGGUAUUGCUACUAUAAAGCAUAUGAAAAUCGAGUCGAGAACAUUAAAUGUAUAAAUAAAAUUGAUGACCAAUCAGCAAGGACAUUGGUAUAUAAUGAGAUAAAAGCACUUCUCCCAGAUAUCAGCGAUGUGAAUUUGCGUCAAAGAACAUUCAGAGCAAAAAAGAUCCAUACGUUACUUAUGGGAAUAGGAAUGGAAAAAAUCCAAGCAAUAGCAUGUAGUGCAAGUGCAAUUUCGAGUUUAACUGACAACCAGAUUCAAGAUAUUAUAAAUUGUUUUCCCAAAAAUUCUAGUGCAGAUGUCUCUUCAGCUAAACGUCAAAAAAUGAUCAGCGUUACAAAUCGUAACGCGCAUGAGACUGAACAAACUUUACUGAAAGCAACCACUCCUUCUAUCUCAUUGUCUCAUACCUCUAAUUCGAUUGAUAAUAUAAGUGAGAAACUCGAAUCUUUACCAGGGACCGAGUCGGAAUUCGAUGCUUCAGAUUCUAAUUCAGAAUCCUUUGAUAACGACUCACUCCGUGAGGAUGCUAUUGCAUCUGAGGAUAAUGAAAGUAAUGACGAAUUCUCCGAUGACAACGAAGAUAAUGGCGGGUAUUGCGAUUUCUCUGAUGAUGAUGAAGGUUAUUAUUACGAUUUAAACACUG